GCAGCGGCAUGCAGACGCAGCGCUGCGCGGCGGCUCCACUCCGUGUAUUUCCCCUGAUCCUCCGCUCUCACUGAUUCAUUCAUCCCGGGUUGAGCUGCCGGUCGGUCUCUGCUCGCCCCGGGGUCCAGAGGAUCUGCUCAACCAUCCGUCUCUGUGUGUAUCCCUCCAUCAGUCUGUCCAUCCACAUCCAUCCAUCUCUCCAUCCGUGCGUCUGCCCGUCCGCCUGCGCGCUGCGUCCGCAUCUGGCGCAUUUGGGAAGGUCAAACGCGUCGUCUUCGAUCGGCGGACCUGUCAACUUUCUCUCUUCGCAUUUAUCCUCCUCAUCCUGCUCAGCGUUUGGCCACCGGGAGCUUGUCGCAGCAUCCAGUCGGAUCCGACUGAGGAUGGUCGGCUGAGCUCCGAGCUCUCUGAUUGGCUGGCCGAGCUUCGCCGUCUCCUGCCGUCAUCAUGGCGAAAAGCCCCGAGGUGAAGCUGGCCGUGUUCGGCAGAGCCGGCGUGGGCAAGUCAGCUCUGGUGGUGAGAUUUCUGACCCGACGCUUCAUCUGGGAGUACGACCCGACGCUCGAAUCAACAUAUCGGCAUCAAGCAAAUAUAGACGAUGAGGUUGUGAGCAUGGAGAUCCUGGACACGGCCGGCCAGGAGGACGUCCAGCAGAAGGAGGGUCACAUGCGCUGGGGCGACGGCUUCGUCAUCGUGUACGACAUCACCGACCGGGGAAGCUUCGAGGAGGUGGCGCCGCUGCGGAGCCUCCUGGAGGAGGUGAAGAAGCCCAAGAACGUCCCGCUGGUCCUGGUGGGCAACAAGGCCGACCUGGACCACGCCAGGCAGGUCGGCACCGAGGAGGGCGAGCGGCUGGCGGCCGAGAUGGCCUGCGCCUUCUACGAGUGCUCGGCCUGCGCCGACGAGGGUGGCGCCGUGGCCGAGGCGUUCCACGAGCUGUGCCGUGAGGUCCGGCGCCGUAAAGCCGUCCAGGGCAAAGCCCGGCGCCGCAGCUCGACCACGCACGUCAAACAGGCCAUCAACAAGAUGCUGACCAAGAUCAGCAGCUAGGGAAGCCCGGCGUGGGGAGCAGAGGAACCGAGACAGGACGCCUAAAUGUCUUGGGGAAAAACAAAGUGUUUCCAUCAGUUAGGGGCUCCAAACGGACUACACUUGAUUGAUCUGAAGUUGGACGGCGUUCCUGUUCCUGUUUCUUGUUUUCUGAUCAUUUUCCACCAAUGAACGUCACAAGAGUGAGAUGUUUUCCUGAUUAACUUACAGGCUUUUGGAAGAGGGGAACGAUUUUGGUACUUUUGGCUUUGGACCCUCUGACUUCAAACCAGCUGGACUCGUGAUUCAAAAUAGUUCUGGGAAAGAUGAGAAACUCUGUGUAAUGUUAACAAUUAAUAUGGUGAGGAUAUCCUGUUUACUCUUUCAUCUGACUCUGUUCAGUAAAUUAGCCAGAGGGCAGUCUAGAUGUAACGCAUGCAAACUGUCCCACACCGCAUGCGAAGAAUCCAACUUUUUAUCGAUGUUGAAGGACAAAAGACUCGUCGUUUCCUCUCUGUAGCUUGUCUGUAGGCGGGUGUCUUCAUUUGUCCUUCGAGCUGUCGUCGAGAGUCAAGUCCCUCAAAAUCCAAUCAACAGUUUCCCUCAGAGAAGUAGAUCCGCUGUGCUAUCGGGAGAUCUGUGUUGUCUUUCUUCUCAUGUUGACCCUGGAAAAUUAAAAUCUCCCUGAGCCGCGGCGCCGGCCCUCAAAUAAACCGUCGGCCCGACCUCGCUGUCGUUCUGUUGACAUCAGACGGCGUCUCAAAGUGGACCGUGACUUCCUGGGAUUAUCCAGGACGAGACCGCUCGAGAUGCUAUCGCCGUUUUCGAGGAACCAAGGCGGAGGUCGGGCGGGGAGUCCAAUAUGCCGAGGCUUAGGAGUGAGAGCGUUUUCUGUUUUGAUGUUGAAGCUGCGGAGGGAAGCCGCCGCCGCCGCCGCCGCUGACCUCCUGGGCCGCUCUUCAUGGAUGUUAACGAACCUUUUAAUACUGUAAACUGUGUAUGAUAUGUUGCCUUAAGCACUGUUGUGUCCUCGGUGUGUAGAGAACCCAGAGGGGUCAAGGCGAUGCUGCGUUGAAAAAUCAAAUGUACGAUCUCCAUUUCUGUUUUUGUUUUUUCAAAGCAAAGCGCCCGGUUUCAACAGUGAAAUGUAAUUAUCUUCCUAUAAUUCGGAAAAUUUGCCUUAUUCUGCUUUUGUUUGACAUGUUUGACACUGUUUGUCCGGUUUGUCCACCUGGGGAAAUAAAAAGUUCAGACUCAACAUGAAGCUGAGGCCUUGUUCAGACUGACAGCCCAACCCUGUACUGCAGUCAGAUUCAGGAGAAAACUACACCCUGAUUUUAGAUUUUUUUUCUCA